GUCGCAGAGCACUUCCCACUCAGACAUUUUUCUGAUUACAGAGUACGGACAGCGACGCUCAGCCUCACCGUCGCACCAGUAAAACGGACUUUAUUUUACUAUUAUCAUAAUUUUUAUAUAAAAAGGGAGGUUUCCUUUCGACCUGACCGGAUAACGGAAUCAAGAUGUUUUACACAUGUGGACCCAAUGAAGCGAUGGUGGUGUCUGGCUGCGGCCGUUCUCCACCUCUAAUGAUUGCUGGAGGAAGAGUGUUUGUCUUGCCGUGUAUUCAACAGAUCCAGAGGAUCACCCUCAACACCCUGACUCUAAAUGUGAAGAGUGACAAAGUCUACACCCGCCAUGGUGUCCCUAUCUCUGUCACCGGCAUUGCGCAGGUGAAGAUCCAGGGCCAGAACAAGGAGAUGUUGGCGGCUGCCUGUCAGAUGUUCAUGGGAAAGUCUGAGGCUGAGAUUGCUCAGAUUGCAUUGGAGACACUGGAGGGACACCAGAGAGCCAUCAUUGCCCACCUGACUGUAGAGGAGAUCUACCAGGAUCGUAAGAAGUUUUCUGAGCAGGUCUUUAAAGUAGCCUCCUCUGACCUGGUCAACAUGGGGAUUGGUGUCGUCAGCUACACGCUGAAAGAUGUUCAUGACGAUCAGGACUACCUCCACUCGCUGGGUAAAGCCAGAACAGCUCAGGUGCAGAAGGAUGCCAGGAUUGGAGAGGCUCAAUACAAACGAGAUGCUGUCAUUAAGGAGGCACACGCAAUGCAGGAGAAGGUGUCCGCUCAGUACAAGAAUGAGAUUGAAAUGGCGAAAGCCCAGCGAGACUAUGAGCUGAAGAAAGCAGCUUAUGACAUUGAGGUCAACGCCAAAAAGGCAGAGUCAGAAAUGGCCUAUCAGCUUCAGGUGGCCAAGACCAAGCAGCGCAUCGAAGAGGAGAAGAUGCAGAUUCAAGUGGUGGAGCGUACGCAGCAGAUUACUCUGCAGGACCAGGAGAUCAUACGCAAGGAGAAGGAGCUGGAGGCCAAGGUUAAGAAACCUGCAGAAGCUGAGAAAUACCGACUGGAGAAGUUGGCUGAGGCCCAGCGCCUGCAGCUCAUCAUGGAAGCUGAGGCUGAGGCAGAGUCCAUCAAAAUGAAGGGCGAGGCAGAGGCUUUUGCCGUGGAGGCUAAGGGCCGUGCUGAGGCCGAGCAGAUGAGCAAGAAGGCAGAGGCCUUCAAGCAGUACAAAGAAGGAGCCAUGGUGGACAUGCUGCUGGAGAAACUGCCACUGAUGGCAGAGGAAAUCAGCAAGCCACUGUCAGCGACACAGAAGAUCACCAUGGUUUCCAGCGGUGGCGCAGAUGUAGGAGCCUCCAAACUUGCUGGAGAAGUGUUGGACAUCAUGACCAAGCUGCCGAACGCUGUAGAAAAACUCACUGGAAUCGACAUCUCCCAGGCUGGAGGGAAGACCACCCGGGGGCAUUGAGAAGAGUAAUCAGGAGAGGUGUCAACAAUAUUUAGACAAAGAGCUCCACAUCUCCUCGUACCUGUAACGACUGUACUGACUUGUAAACACUGUAAACCUUUCUCAUUGUCUGUGUGAAAGCAUGCUUUUCACUCGUCCUUCCCCCAGUCUAAACAAGACUGAGUUUUUCUUCCCCUGUUGUGUGGUUUUCUUUUCAUGUCCCUGAGCUGUGCUGCUGUGCUUCAUGCUGCAGGUCACAUUGCAACCAGCCUCACGUGAUACAGCGACUGCACAGCUUCUGUCUUUGGCUGGCAAAAGCCUCAGCUAAUACAUAGAAGCCCAGUUUUUAGGGACUAGGUCAAUGAACUAUUACGUUUGUUUGUUUGUUUGUUUUUUUUACUUUUUAAUAUGAAAAUUUAGGAAAAGCUUUAUAGCCUUAUUCUAUUUUCUUUCUGUGCCUUUAAAUUAAUCAAAUAAUGCAAAACAUACACUUUCAGGGAGCCCAACUGAGUAUGCUGCUACACUUCUGCCACUGCUACACACCCCUUUAUUAAAUCUGAUCAUUCACCUGGAGGCUCUGAGCACGAGAGAAUGAGGUUCUGACCAAGUCAGACCCUAAAAACCGAACGUUAGCGCAAUGUACAUUCUACAUUUAGACCACUAGUUGGCUGACUGAAAUCUUGCUGAGAGCGUUUAUCAAAUCACCUCAGAGUUUUGUGUGUUGAAAUGUUGUUAAUAUUUUUAUGUACUAAUCACAAAAGACCGAAUGUCUCUUCUUUGUCUACUAGUUCAUUGCAAAAAGACAUAUGUGAGUCUAGAAUAGUAUAGAAUAGAAUAGAAUGCCUUUAUUGUCACUGUACAGUUGUACAAUGAGAUACAGAGUCUCUUUGUAGUAAUGGAUUACAUUGUUGGCAACAAUGUUAUCGGCUGGAACUGCAAGUGGGAGGAGUUUCUUUGUGUCUUGAAAGGAGGAGGGAGGAAGUGGGUGGUUGGAACAACUUAUGGUUUGGUUAGAUUUCCUGUUAAAGCCAAUGAAAGUAUGUUGAACCUUUCUCUGUUUUCUUCUUCACUGUAACUGCCUUUUUAUACAGCUGUCAUAAGUAAAGAAGGACCAUCACUAAGUAGCUCAGCCUACUGCUUCGUUAUGCGUGCUGCUUUGAGUUUAGUCGCCUUGUCUUGUCUUUUUCCUGCUUUAAAGUAGUCGGAUUUUUUUAGAAUCACUCUCUGCAUUGUGCAACCAAGUGCCUGGUUUAACUCCUCAGUCAUCAGUUUAAGACUAGUUAAACUCAUCAGGGAACAGUUCCUCAUAUCAAACUGAUCUUAAGCCAGUUUGUUACUUUUGAGGACGAAAGCCAGAAUCCGCCUGUCUCCUUUGGUGCUUUCUAGUGACUAAUACUUCUUCUUUUUUUAAUGUUGCAUUUUCAACCUUUGUUGAUAUAGUGUGAAAGUUGGCUGCUUGUAUCAAAUAUUAAACAUCAUCUAUGUUAGACUUAUAAUAAAAUAUAUUUCAAUCGA